CCUGGAGCGCGUCGUGGCACCUCGGCAUAUCACGUGUCUCCACGUGGAUCUGCUUCCGAUCUAUCACCACUCGGUCUUUCACCCACCCGACUCUGACCGAGGUUGCCGCCACUCGCGCGUCGAUGCUCCUCUCAAGACCCAGUCCACAGUAAUCUCGUGUCCGAGUUCCCGCCUCUCGUCCUCGUCUUCGCCUCAAUCCUCAGCAUAGCUCGUUAUCACCUGCACUCGUUCGUUCAUUGCAUACACACGCCGUCCACAUCGCAUUCAACUCGCGCCAAGCUCCCUGCACACUUUUCUACUGUACACCAUGUCCGCCCCACCUUCCUCCGACCCCCACUCUCACCACCCAUCUACCGACAUGCUCCGCCAACUGCCCAUGCUGCCUCUCGCACAUCGCCAGCGCCGCCCCCGCAUCCCCGAAAAGUGCCUUUCCUGGUGUUCUCAGCGCGACGGCGCACCGGCGAUGUGCAGGAUGCUCUGCCUCCGUCGACGCGACCCCCUGCUUACUCAAGCGCAGGCGCUCGCCAAGCUCUCCCCCGCUUCUGACCCCUCCUCGUCAACAUCCUCCACCAGCUCUACCCCCUCCAUCGCCGGCUUCUUCGACGCAUGGCGCGCCCGUCUUGCCCCCUACUCGUUCAUCUACGUCAAGGGCACACCGGAGGGCGUCGUGGGUCGAUACAUGGAGGAGUUGGAUGCCGAUGACGGACAGUACGACUUCGGGGCUGUGAGCCGCUGGGCGCCCGAGAAGCUCCGCCGACGGAGCGAGGGGUGGGAGUACAUGGACUGGGGAGAGGCAGGAUGUCUUCUCCACAUCCCCUUCACGUCGAUCUUUUCGCCCUUCAUCAACCUUCCGCGCAACGUCGAGCGUGUCCUUUCGCCACCUAUAAACCUCGCGACACAAUAUUACCAGAGCUUCGAGAAUGGGACGCAAGCUCGUGCCCUUAGCCGCUUUACGGAUGAGGUUUAUAAGCUCGGCGCGUUUGACAUGGCUGGCAAGGUCUUUGAGCACUGGCGCGACCGCGCGGCGAAGAAGGCUGAGGCCGAGGCUGCGGCGCAGAAGGAGGCGACGCAGAGUGCGCAGGCGGCCCGUGAGGCCCGCGAUCGCGUCAAGGAGAAGAACACGAAGGAGUAGGGCGAUGCCUUACUAUCGUGUCAACAAUUGCCAAAUCCCAGCAUCAUCAUCACAACACUUGAGUCUCUCCCUCUCUCCAUUGCACCACAUUCCUCAUAGAUUGUACACGACACGAAUGCAUCGCAUCCUGGGUCCGAUG